GAAAAUGGGAAGGCCACAUGUAAUAGCUGUGCCAUAUCCAGCACAAGGCCAUGUGAUCCCAUUGCUGGAGCUUGCACAAUGCCUCGCAGACAACGGCAUCAAAGUCACAUUCGUCAACACUGACUUCAACCACACGCGGAUCCUCAACUCGCUGCCUCGCACCCGGGGCAUAAACGAGCUGAUCAUCCUGGCCUCUGUCCCCGACGGCCUGGAGCCGUGGGAGGACAGAAACGACCUCGGGAAGCUAGAGGUGUCGCUGCCUAAGGCCGUCCCUCGAGCACUCGAGGCUCUCAUCGAAAAGAUCAAUGCAACAGAGAGUGAUAAAGUCACUUGCUUGAUCACUGACUAUGGCCUAAUAUGGGCAUUGGCACUGGCUGAGAAACUGGGAAUCAAGAAAUCGGCUUUCUUGCCUGCACCGGUCGCCCUCCUGGCUCUCGCCAACCAUGCCAAGAGCCUCCUCGAUGAAGGCAUCGUCGACAGUGAUGGAACACCCAUGAAGGUGGAACACGUGACUCACCUGUCCCCGGAGAUGCCUCCAAUGAAGAUUCAAGAGACAGUGUGGCUGCAGAUGGGCGACUUCGCAUCACAACAACGCGUGUUCCAAUCCAUGGCACGGGGCACACAAGCAGAGGCGCCCCCGGAUUGGAUAGUCUGCAACACAUCACACGAAUUGGAGGCCGGAGCGCUCAAGCUGCUUCCAAACUUGGUCCCCUUAGGCCCUCUGCUGCCAAGCACCCGUCUCGGGCAUUCAGCAGGUUUUUUCUGGCCGGAGGACUCGGCCAGCAUGUCGUGGCUGGAUCAGCAGCCAGCAAACUCCACAAUUUAUGUUGCAUUUGGGAGCUUCACCAUGUUAGAUGAGAAACAGUUUCAAGAACUGGCUCUUGGCCUAGAACAUUCCAGAAGGCCAUUCCUGUGGGUUGUGAGGCAGGACAUGGCUCAAGAUUACCCCAAGGGAUUCAGAGAGAGGGUGAGGAAUCAAGGGAAGAUGGUGGGGUGGGCUCCUCAACAGAAGGUGCUGUCUCACCCUUCUCUGGCUUGCUUCCUCAGCCAUUGCGGCUGGAACUCGACCGUGGAGGGCGUGUGCGGUGGAGUGCCCUUCCUGUGCUGGCCUUACUUUGCAGACCAGUUUCUCAACCAGAGCUACAUUGCUGAGUACUGGAGGGUGGGGUUGAGUUUGGACAAGGAUGAGUUUGGGAUUGUUACAAGUGGAGAGAUUGUGAAGAAGGUGGAGAUUCUGCUUAGUGAUGAGAGCUACAAGGCUAGAGUGAUGAGUCUUGGAUCUAAGACUGUGUCCAGUGUCACACAGGAAGGAGGUUCUUCUCACAAGAAUCUCAAUAGUUUUGUUGAUUGGAUCAAGGAGAAGUGAGGUUGUUUAGAGAGUUAUUAUCACUCAAGUUCAUGCUAUGAUCAAAUUUUGAAAUUGGAAUAAGUGGCAGCUGGAAUAAAUAUAGGAAAGUAACUAUGGAUUCAUUCUUGUGUUUUCAUACUUCUAUUGAGCAAU